GAGGCCUUCGCAACCGUUCCCGACAUCGUGUCCGCAACGACGACCCGGGCGGCCAUCCGAGAACCCUAGAUCUCCGCCCCUCCUGGGCCUCGGUCGGGUCCCGCAUUGCCGAUCGACGGUGGCUUCUCCCAUUCCCGGGUCGCCGAUCUCGCGGGCGAUCGGUGGUCGCCUCGGGCGCGCCGCUUGAUCUCGACGCCGUGGAUCUCGUUUGAGUUCCGGCCCGUAGCGCGGAGUGGCGGGGAUCGUGAUGCGUCGGGGGACCUGAAAGUUGGGUUCUCGGCCGGUUUUGGCGAGUUUUGGUAUUCGAGUCGUGAAUCUCGUUGACGAAGAAUUCCCGUUUGCGAGAUGGAUUUGUCUGAUGUUAGCGAGGAGCUGGCUCUUAUCGAGGGGCAGAUCAACGAUGUCUUUCGGGCUUUAUCAAAUGGGUUUCAGAAACUGGAGAAGAUCAAAGACCCAAAUAGACGGAGUCGGCAGUUAGAAGAAUUGACUGACAAGAUGAGGGAAUGCAAGAGGCUUAUCAAAGAGUUUGAGAGAGCCGUGAAGGAAGAGGAGAGUCGAAAUACUCACAACACGAACAGGAUGCUGAACGAGAAAAAGCAAUCAAUGAUCAAAGAGCUGAACUCUUAUGUUGCUCUAAAGAAGCAGCAUGCAAGUGAAAAUAAACGAAUUGAUCUUUUUGAUGGCCCUGGUGGCGGAGAUGUGUUUGCAGAAGAAAAUGUUCAAUUGGCAUCAUCUAUGACCAAUGAACAAUUGAUAGAUUCUGGACACCGUAUGAUGGAUGAAACAGAUCAGGCAAUUGAACGAUCAAAGCAGGUUGUUGAAGAGACUAUCAAUGUUGGAGCAGAGACAGCGGCUGCUUUGAAGGCACAGACUGAGCAAAUGAGUAGAAUUGUGAAUGAAUUGGAUUCGAUCCAUUUUUCAAUGAAGAAGGCAUCCCAACUGGUGAAGGAACUUGGAAGACAGGUUGCAACUGAUCGAUGCAUAAUGGCAAUGCUUUUCCUGAUCGUCAUUGGUGUUGUAGCAAUCAUAAUUGUGAAGCUUGUGAAUCCAAAUAACAAAGACAUUUCGGAUAUUCCUGGACUUCCUCCUCCAGCCAAUCGAAAACUUCUUUGAUGUCUGCGGCAGUUGUAUUCUUUCACUCAUCAAUUUCUCCUACUAUCAUUUGUCAUCCAGUUAGUAUUAUGACUGGAUAUAUUCUUUGUUUAUUUGUUGUAUCUGUCGUCACCACUUUUAAUGCUUUCUAUUGUUUGUAAUGGUGAAAUCUAGUGAUUCAAUAUUUAGUUGGCAGAACAGCAUGUAUAAUUGUUUGUAAAGGUGUAUACUGGUCCCUCUUUCCAAAAUUUUUGUUUUUCCGUGUAAUUGUUAAUGAUAACUACAGAGGACAAGUUGUCUUUCAUAAUUUAUCAUCAAUCUCAA